AUGCCAGUUACUCGAAGUCUUGCUAAAUCUUCUUCUUCAUCAACGCUUGCGGCUUCUGCCCAGCCUUCAGACCCACAUACCGUCAAAGGUGAAACCCCAAUUGGGCCUCUCUUUUCUUCUCUUGACGACCUUCAGGACGAUACCCUUCUCCGUGGUCGUGAUGCCAAGCUCCUUCGCGACGCUACCACGUCAGCCAUCACGCAGGUGUGGAACGACACUUGCGCCACGGCAGCUCUUUUGAGUCGUAAGAUCAACGAAGGUAACGCGUCCCUUAAAGAGAAGCUCAACGAGUCUUUCGCGGCAGUCGGUCAGCGGUUGGACAGUCUUCCCGCUGUGGCAAUGAUCCAGCCUGACUCUCAGGCACCUCGAGUGAUUGCACGCCCUAACCGUGGCCGCGACUUUUCGGGCCAGGCUCCGGCGUCGGUCGAUCCUCCGCGACGCUCGCAACCCAUCUCUUAUUCGCGGUCUUCAUCCCAGUCUUCACGUCUUCCGCCGGCUCGUCCACGAGCCGCGACCGAGUCGCGUUGCUUCAACUGUAAUGGCUUCGGUCAUUUCGCGUCCGUCUGUCCGUCGGCCAAACGUACACGCGCUUUUAGCUCCUGGACACCACCACGCAGUUUCGACGCCCCUCAGGCGCCGCGUAGGGAUCGCUUUCGCGGUCCCCCAUCUCCUCGGGCUCCCCAAGCCAAUGUUCUUUCUUACGGACCGGCGACUGCGAAUGCGGAUGCCGAUGCCCGCGUCGCUCAGCUCACGGCUUCGCUGAACAACUCCCAGGUGCAGCUCCGUAACUCGCAGGCCCGUAUUGCAGCGUUGCUCGAUCGCAACCAAGAGCUUUCGCAGUUUUCAGGGGAUCAGCCCUCCUCCUCUAAAGCUUCAGUCUUCUUCUUCUUCCAUCCCCGACGUGCGCUUCUUAUUUUGCCUGUUGCUUUCGGCGGGGCUUCUAAUGCAUGGCUUUGUCCAUCUGAGAAUCCGGCCACCCUGUUUUUCGUCCCCGACCACCAAAAUUGUUCGGAGCUCUUGCCCAACCAUACGACACACUUACGUCGAAUUUCACUACACAUCUAUCGACCGAAUACACAGGUAUAUUCGUCCCCUGCGUCUCUCUGUAAGAUCAUUCGGCACUCCGUUACGUUUUCGGUUAAUUUUUUCGGGGCUCGCAGAGAGCAUCAUACAGAGACGCAUUUACCUGUUUCAGUAGAGGAAUGUAAGCAGAUGGUGUUCCACCACCGUUGCCUUCAUGGUGAGCUCCUUGAAACCUCAGGCGUGUGGCGCACACGAAACCAACUUGAAUUUAAUUUUCCUUCAGCACCGUUUGGGUGCUGCGUCGAUCACUCCGUCACGGUGACAAAUUGCUACUCGUACACCACCUCGGUCCACGCGAAACAUGGGGAUAAAACCCCUCAAACACCGGUAGGCGAUUUGUCCGCAUGUACUUACAAGGAGGGGACCUGUACGUUGUCGGACGGUUCCGUCCUUAUCUGGUCUCCUAGCUCGGAGGAGCAAUGUGCCUACACUCUUGUCUCUAAGAUGUCAGGGCACAUGAUGGGAACAGUGUGGCUUAGCGACGAUAACGAGUUUGCUCUAUCGUGGAAUGAUCGUUCCCCGGUCCUAUCAGACUGUACGAAACAGCUUACAGUCACCGAUCAGGGCUACGCUAUCCAUAUUUCUCGGCGAUAUUCCCGCAGCGCUCCCAACAAUGUCGGCUUGGUCACUUCUAAUCAACUCUCCGCCCAGCUGCUGGCUGUGGAGGGUGCUACGUACAUCUCUGUGGCAGCGCUUUUCCGCAAUGCCUUACGCACUCUCUGUGAAAGGACUAAUGUCCUAGGUACAAGCCUUCAUACCGCGCUUCGUUCCCACCCAACCUCUACCAUGCGUGCCCUGCUUGGUCGGCGAGACAUUUCAGCAUCCUAUUUAGGACACGGAUACAUCCAAAUUCGCCGGUGCGUGUCUUUACCUGCCUCUUCAUUAACGCUCCUACCCUUCAACGACACUUGCUAUGACCUCCCUCAGGUGCAACUUCACCUCCCUAGCGGGUCUCGACUACAAGCGUUCAUCGACCCGAUUACUGGUGUUAUUCGCCGGCACGCGAGCGUUAUUGACUGUGCUGAUUCCAACGUCUUCGUCUUCCCGUCUCCCGAUGGGCUUCGAGCCUUCUCCCCUUCGAGCGGCGCUUGGUCUUCCAUUUCUCCUCAAGACAUCGAUCACUAUGAGCCGCACACCCGGCGCCGACCAGCCUCACCCAAGCCCACCUACCAGCCGGGCUUCUGUCCAGAAUUCGAACACCAUUUCACAUAG